AUGGCUUGGAAAUACAAAGCUGGGUUAGGGCUGAUUGGAGCUUUUGUGCUGAUAUGGGUUACUUCUGCAGAAGUUACUCAGAAAAUUUUCACAGACUACAGACAGCCGUUUGCUCUUACAUAUCUGUGGAUAUCUCUAAUGGUUGUCUACCUUCCAAUAGCAUUCUGCAAAGAUUGGAUUUCCAAUUUACUGAAUAGGAAUCGGAUUACUGAACUUCAUGAUGGAGCUUUGAAGAACUAUCUUGGGACGGACAUGGAUUUGGGUGACACAGAAGCUGGACAACCAUUGUUAUUUAAGGAUUCAGAAGAUGAGGAGUUUCACAUUCUUGACAAUCCGAACGAAGUCAGCUCAUUGGAAGUCAUUAAAUGUAGCUUAUAUCUUGCUCCCAUAUGGUUUGUUACAGAGUACUUGUCAAACUCUGCCCUGGCAAAUACCAGUGUUGCGAGCACAACUGUCUUGACCUCAACAUCGGGGCUCUUCACACUUUUCUUUGGAGCACUAAUUGGGAAGGACUCCGUAAAUGUUACUAAGGUUACUGCUGUUUUGAUCAGCAUGGCUGGUGUUGCAAUGACUACCAUGGGGAAAACUUGGGCACCUGAUGAAAUGUUUAGUGUCUCCGAGACUAGAAGGCAUUCUAUCGUCGGAGACAUUUUUGGUCUUCUCUCCGCAGUGUUCUAUGGCUUGUUUACAGUGCUUCUCAAAAGAUCUGCUGGAUCGGGAGAAAGGGUUGAUGUUCAGAAGUUCUUUGGAUAUAUCGGACUUUUUACUCUCUUGGGUCUCUGGUGGCUUGCUUGGCCACUUAAUGCCCUGGGAAUAGAGCCAAAGUUCAGAUUUCCAAGUUCAGCAUCCACCAGCAAAGUUGUGGUGCUCAAUGGCUUCGUUGGAAGUGUUCUAUCAGAUUAUCUAUGGGCGCUCUCUGUUGUUUGGACGACCCCAUUAGUUGCAACGUUGGGCAUGUCCUUAACAAUACCAUUAGCGAUGUUAGCAGAUAUGUUCGUCCAUGGACGGCAUUAUUCUGCCAUAUACAUCUUUGGAUGCAUACAGGUGUUUGCAGGGUUUAUUAUGGCAAAUAUCUCGGAUUUGUUUUCUUGUAAAAGGAGAUGA